CGACUUCACCGUUCGAGGCAGCAGACACGAUAUACACGGUGAUCUAUGAAGAACCAGGCCGUCGCUCUGGACCUGCGACUUAUCAACCAUGUUCAGAUUGACACAGCCUCUUCCACCGCGAAGGUGGGAGGAGGCGCUCCGCUGGGCGAUGUGGAUCGGGCAUUGCAGCAACAGGGAUUCAUCACCCCCGUCGCGUCAAUCUCACGGGUGGCAUACGCUGGCUGGGCCAUGUAUAGCGGGUACGGGCCCUACAGCUCCCGCUUCGGGCUGGGGGUAGACCGGAUCGUGGGAGCGAAGGUGAUCAACGCUCAGGGCGAGCCGGUGGAAGCUGAUGCGGAUUUGUUGAAGGCAAUCCGCGGCGCCGAAGGCGCAUUCGGUGUGAUCGUCGAAUUGACCAUUUCCAUCUACAAGCUGGACUGGAUUCUGUCGGGCGUGCUCUUCAAGUCCGAUGAUGACCUUCCCACUGUUGUCCGCCAGUAUAACGAAGGGUACAGGGCUCUAUUAUCGGCGGAAGGAAUGCAGGCUACGCCUCUUGAGCGUCCACCAGUUUGUUCUGAAUGUGCUCACGCCAACAUUUGGACUUCUCUUCAGGGGGCGUCCGAGGACCUCGAGACGGGGAACCAGUGGGUUGAGAGGAUGUCGACUCUCGGCCCUGUUGUGGCCAACGCAGUGCAGCCAAGGACCCCAUUAGCAUGGCUGCACGAGCAAGACAGACUCGUCGCCAAGUCCACGCAAGGCCAGACGUUCACCAUAAGCGUGAGGGCGAUUACAGUAGAGGUUGCCGACGUUAUCGCCCGGUAUACAAGCAGUAUGCCCGCCGAUCCGCACAUCACCUUUGACAUGCACAAGCUCCGCGAUUGCUCUCUUUCUGCGAAAGCGAAUGCGGGCUCGGUCUUCUCGGCGCGGGAAGGCCAUUUUAUGUGUGAAGUUACUGCUAUUGUGGACAGGGAUAGCCUGGAAGCAACGCUGGCCUGGGGGAGGGAAUUCGGGGAGGCGUUGAGGAAGACGAGUGCAGAGAAUAUCGUGCCCGCUUCCUACGUCUCUUGCCUGACUCGCGACGACUUCGAACCUGACAGGAUCUGUGGAAACAUUCUCCAGCUUCUGAAGAGGGUCAAGGAGAGGGCUGAUCCGGAGAAUACUUUUCAGAAUGCCAUCUCGUAUCUUGAGCAAUAGGGCAACGCAGAGGGAAGAAAUCAAGGGACGGCGGCAACAACAACAUGCGUGACAAUUCACCUCAGCAAGCCCCAAGUCCCAAGUCCCAGCAAAUAGCAUACCCCCAAUCAGCUAUUAUCCCAAACCAUGCAUCCUGGAAAUCCAAUUAACCGAUUUUUUAUUUCUCAGCAAGUCUCCCUGACGUGGAAGCCUGGUGGGAUUGCG